UAUAGACACAACAUUGUCUCUCUUGAGAUUCUAAGAUCCCUUAUCGAAGCUUGUCACCGUGACCUGAAUCUCUUCUCGAAACAUAUUGUGAAAAUCUUGGCCAUGAUAUUAGAUGGAAAGGACAAGGAUAUUCAAUUGAUUGACUUGGCUUGUGAAACAUUUGUAGUAUUCUGUUCCUAUCAUGAUGGAACCACUUUAGGUGUGGAUGCUGAAUUGACUGCUGACUAUGAAUCUUUGAUCAAGAAGUUCGCUGGAUUCAGUAUAUUCAAGAAUAAUGAUGAUACUUUGACUUAUCAAAUGGAAUAUAUUGGACAUCGUGGGUUACAAGCAGCCGUAAUGUCUCCUGCCUUACAAGCUUCCAAUUUCAAGGUUCAACUUGGUAUCAUUUUACCUCCUAUCAUUGUCACUUUAGCCAAAUCAAAAAAAUCUGCUAGUGUAUUAGCAAAGAGUAAGAAAUCCCCUGAUCUCAAACAAUCAGUCCUGGACAAUACUUUGGUGGAUGAAAAUGUUGCUGCUCUUUUUGCUGCCAAGACAGCUGCGCUUCUCUUUGGAAAGGCAAAUGGUGCCGGUGUUCGCCUUGCUCUUAGUCCGUUAUUAGGAUACAUGGAUGCAAAACAAAAGUGGUGGCCUCCCAACUUCGCUGUAUCUUCGAUUGAACUCGUUCUAGACUCAUUACAGCCUCAAUAUCGUUACCUUUUAGUGUCAGAAAUUCUUCAGCAAUUCGAAACCACAAAAUCUCAAAUAAUCAACAGCAAACAUGCUUCGUUAGUAUCGAUAUUGGAUACCAUCUUGAAUGCCAAUAUGCCAUUGGUGGGAAUCUCGGUCCUGGAAGUGUUAAAUUCUUUAUUUGGACUCUUAAUCAAAUCUUUACAGGGCGGUCGUGUAUUCAGGGAACAAGAACCUUCUGAUUCGGUUGGGGAUGAACAAGGUACCUUUGAAUAUGCUAUUCAUCAAGGCUUGGCUCAUAGUAUUGGUGGGCUAGCAUCUCAAACAUACUACCAAAAUCAAUUGGAUGAUAUCACUGGUUAUAUUUUAGCCAAAUUGCGUGUGGGUACUACUUUGGAACAAGUUGAAGGACUUUCUCUAAUCCAAUAUCGUCGAGUGGCAUUAAAAUGUUUGGAUCUUAUUGCUGCUACUCGUAAGGAUUCUUCUGCUGACAAUUCCGAUGAUGCUUCUUCCUCUUCCUCAUCAUCAGCUCAUGAUUCUGAUCAAGUGAUUUCUUCUUCAUCUGGAACUUCUAUCUCUUUGGGAACUUGGGUACCUGCAUUUGGUUUAUUGAUUGAUCCUCAACCUGAAACACGUAUGGAUUUUUCUACGACUCUUGUGCGAUAUCUUGAUGCUACUUCUGAAGAUGAUUUGAAUGCGAUUCCUUUGGUAUUCCAAAUACAAAAUCUGGUGAAGCAAGGAGAUAUUGUACAUACAGCGCGACAAAGGGCAUUAGCAGCAGUGAUUGUGGAAUACUUGGAUAUGGUUGGACGGUUUUAUCACGUGGACAGAUUGAUACAUUAUGUAGAUCAAGUACGAUCGAAUCGCAUUCAGAACAAGGAAUACUCACCAGUGUUUCCCGCCCACUCCGAUGGUGCUAUUCAUACGACAAAGAAGUUGAAUGUAUGGUCUUUUGAUGAUUUAGAUGGUGACAACACUCAACCUGUUGAUUCUUUUGUGGACCGUCAUAUUGUGGUUGAAAUCUUAUCCAAAGAUGCUCCUUUACGUGACGAAGAUGAUACCCAUGGAUUGGAUUUAGAAAGCAAGUUAUAUGUUGAAUGGGGAUCGGAAGCAUUUGUCAAUCAAGAGCGUUCGUUCCGUAUUCGUACUUCUCGUAACAUGGAUGAUUUGAAACCAAAACUGGCUACACCUUGGAUGAGUACUGACUUUACCCAAACUCAAGAAGGGAAGAAACAAACGAUCAAGGUAGAAAAUUUAAAAGAAGCAUUGGCAGCAACUACUUCAGGCAAUGAAGAUUCGGAGACCAGUGUGGAUGGAUUACAUAUUUUAACAUCAACAAGUCUAGCCAAACGAACAAAGGAUACUCGUGCAGAUGUAUCAUCUCUUUUGUCUGGAUUGAAUGUUGGUUCUACUCAAUCUUCAUCUCUUGUUAACCCUCCUUACAAAUCUUAG